AUGACGAAAAUAUGGAAGUCCAAUAUGAGUAAAGAUUUGAAAAUCAGAUUCUUCAUAGCCACCAUCGAAUCAAUCUUACUUUAUGGGUGCGAGAGCUGGGCUCUGUCAAAAGCACAAGAAAAGUCGUUGGAUGGAACAUACACUAGGAUGCUGCGAAAAGCUUUAAACAUCCACUGGAGCAGCCACAUACCAAACCAACAACUGUACGGAGAUCUACCAGCAGUCAGCAACAAAAUCGCCUCUCGUAGACUACAACUUGCGGGGCACUGUUAUCGCCAUCUAGAGCUAAGUACCCAGAAAUUAGUCCUAUGGGAGCCCACACAUGGUCAUCGCGGGAGAGGAAGACCGAAUACUACCUAUGUUGACACUCUUAAGAGGGAUACUGGGGCAUUCGAAGCAAGUGAGAUUGCUUUACUGAUGGCUGAUAAGAGGCUGUGGAAAGAUCUAGUGGUUGCCCGCCUUCGGGCGACCAAGUGA